AUGGCUGAUAGAAUAAGCUCUUUGCCAGAUGAAGUGUUGGGUUAUAUUUUAUCUUUUCUUUCCAGCAAGCUAUCUGUUUCAACCAGCAUCUUCUCCAAAAGGGUUCUUAAAUUGCAUAGCGUGACAUUAUGGGUCUUUUCUUCGGCUGAUCUUCCUUUACUUAAAGUCCUGCAUCUUUGCAGUAUUAAGAUUUUUGAUGGUAAUCAUGUUCAUCAAAUUCUAUCUGCAUGUCUUAAUGUUGAGGACUUGAAAAUCGAGGAUGUAUAUAUACCAGUUUUUGGUGGCUAUGAGGAUAUAAACCAGUUUAAAAGAUUGCCUAAUUUGCUUAGAGCUGUUAUCGAUAAAAAUGUAGUUCCCUUGGAAGUUGUUGGCAAUGUUCAGUUUCUGAGCUUAAACAUUAAGGCUUAUGAAAAGAUUAAUGAACCAAUUCCUACGUUUCAUCAUUUAACUCAGCUUGAAGUCCGCAGUAACUUUUAUAAUCAUCUUAAUCCUACUAUACACUGGCAUGAUGUGUUUGAAGUGGUGAAGCAUUGUCUUAAGCUUCGAAAUCUUUCGAUUGAUGUGGGGAGCUUUCAGAGUCCACCUAGCAUUGAUGAUUGUGCCUUCUUACGAUGUGUUCCCAGAUCCAUCUCAAUGAACCUUAAAACAUGUAUUCUGAAUAAGUAUACUGGAGCACACUGGGAGUUGGAAUUUGCAAAAUAUAUUAUGGAGAAUGCAAAAUUUCUUAAGGACAUGGUAAUCUGUAGUGACACUAAUAAAGAAGUCAACAAGCUUGACACAAUAAAGGAACUGUCACUAUGUUCAAAACUCUCUCCUGCUUGCAACCUCUCAUUUACGACGUUUGAGGAUGUUUAUUGUUUUAGUUCAAGUUCUGAAUGUUUCUGUUUCUAA